AUGUUCCCUGGAUACUUGUCUCCCUAUGUUGUGAAUGUAACCGCAGCUCAGCACAACCGCCAAUGUUUAGCUGACAAAACCAGAAUUUGGACGCACCGCAUGAAACAAUCCAAAAUUCACCAGUCCUUCAAGCCUUCAAACUGCGGCACUGCCACCAGUCACAUGGCGGCAACCAUCGGCGCUGGCAUCCAGGAUGGCGAGCUCCUCGGUCAGCUCGCAAAGCGCAAUCUGACAGCUGUCGCUGGAACUAGCAUGGAUGUUGGCGUGGCAGGCUGGGCCACUGGAGGUGGUCACGGUGUCUUGACCGGAGUCUACGGUAUGGGCGCCGUCAAUGUUAUUGAGACCAAGAUUGUUACCCCCAAGGGUGAUCUCGUCACAGCCAACGAAUGUCAGAAUGAGGACCUACUCUGGGCAGUCCGGGGUGGAGGUGGCGGCACAUUCGGUGUUAUUUUGAGCCUUACUAUCAACGUCUUCCCUAUGCCGUCGCUGUUGACAGCCACAUUGGCAAUGAGUGCUCGUAAUGGAACUUCGGCCAAAACGUGGUGGAAGCUUAUUGCCAGCACUCACAAGGAGAUGGCCAAGAUCCAAGACGCAGGUGUGAUGGGCUACUACACUGCUGGCGUGUCGCCUUACAGCUUUCAGUACACGAUGUUCCAGCCUAACACGACUAACACGAGCUCUAUCGACCGCUUGAUUGGGCCCCUCACAAAACAUGUCCAAAAACAUAACGAGACAGUGCAGUACUCGUCUUUCACUAACUUGUUGCCUACUUGGUAUGCUAUUGAGAAGAUUGCUCCGGUUGGUGGGGAUGCAGGCCUCAAUCGUGGAGUCCGCGCAACUCGACUGAUUCCUCGCCGAGCAGUCGAGGAUACAGAUUCUCUCGCCAAGACUUUUGAGAUCAUUGGAGAAAGAAAUGAAGCCUUCGCGGAUGGAGUGUCCAGUCCCUCCAUUUCGGGAACCAUGACUAUCAGCCACAAGCCAGUCGACAACGCCUUGAACCCGGCUUGGCGGGAUGCCACCGUUCAUCUGAUCAGCAGCGUUCAGUGGAAUGAUCUGCUCCCUGCUUCUGAUGCCAGAAAAGCGAUUGGGACCGUGACAAAUGUGACUGGAUACGCCAUGCGACAGCUCGCGCCAGACUCUGGCGUGUACUACAAUGAGGCCAACCCCUGGGAGCCUGCUUGGCAGUGGGCAUUCUGGGGCCCAAACUACCCCAGGGCUCUUUCGAUCAAGCAGAAGUAUGAUCCGGAUAACCUACUGUGGUGCCACCACUGUGUGGGAAGUGAGGCUUUGAUGCAGCAUGAUAAUGGCUCUCUUUGCCCCGUCUUCUAA